CUUCUCAGUGGUGUCUCAUGAGCAUCCUGUGACUAAAAUCUGCUUUUCCUGGAUUGUCUCCGAUUGGCUGGAAGACUCCCGGUUUCAUUCUGACACGCAUUUACUGCAACUCUAACCCGGCUUUGUCACUGCAGUAAGGAAGUCUGCAAAAUAUAAAAUCUGUAUUGGAAACAUUAACACGAGUCCUUUGAAAUACAGGAAGAGACAAUGGCGCUGUGUGCAGAACUAGUUGCUUGCAGCUCUGAAUUGAAUGGACAGCAGAAUAAAAAGAGGAAGGUUGCUCUCAUCACUGGCAUCACGGGACAGGAUGGCUCGUAUUUGGCUGAGUUCCUGCUGGAAAAGGGCUAUGAGGUGCACGGUAUUGUACGUAGAUCCAGCUCUUUCAACACAGGCAGGAUUGAACAUCUUUACAAAAAUCCUCAGACACAUACAGAAGGAAAUAUGAAGUUGCACUAUGGGGAUCUCACAGACAGUACCUGCCUGGUGAAGAUUAUCAAUGAAGUGAAGCCUUCAGAGGUUUUCAAUCUUGGAGCACAGAGCCAUGUCAAGAUUUCCUUUGAUUUGGCUGAAUACACUGCAGAUGUGGACGGAGUUGGUACACUACGUCUCCUGGAUGCCAUCAAGACCUGCGGUCUGACCAACAGCGUGCGUUUUUAUCAAGCGUCCACAAGUGAGCUCUUUGGCAAAGUGCAAGAGACCCCCCAGAAGGAGACCACACCCUUCUACCCCCGUUCCCCGUAUGGGGCAGCCAAACUUUAUGCUUAUUGGAUCGUUGUGAACUUUAGAGAGGCGUAUAACCUUUUUGCAGUCAAUGGCAUUCUUUUCAACCACGAGAGCCCAAGACGAGGGGCUAAUUUUGUGACUCGGAAAAUUAGCCGAUCGGUGGCUAAGAUUCAUCUCGGACAGCUGGAAUGCUUCAGCCUGGGCAAUCUUGAUGCCAAGAGAGACUGGGGUCAUGCCAAGGACUAUGUUGAGGCACAGCCCAUCAUGUGCUUUAUUUCCCUGCAGGCUAUGUGGCUGAUGCUGCAGCAGGAUGAGCCGGAAGACUUUGUUAUAGCGACUGGAGAGGUCCAUAGUGUCCGAGAGUUUGUGGAAAAGGCUUUCAAGCACGUUGGAAAAAACAUUGUGUGGGAAGGUAAAAAUGAGAAUGAAGUUGGCCGUUGCAUUGAAACAGGAGUGAUUCAUGUGAGGGUUGAUCUCAAGUACUACAGGCCCACUGAAGUGGAUUUUCUGCAAGGGGACUGCAGCAAGGCGAACAACAAGCUGGGGUGGAAAGCCAGAGUUCCUUUUGAAGAGCUUGUGAAGGAGAUGGUAGAUGCAGAUAUUGAUCUCAUGAAGAAUAAUCCAAAUGCUUAAUAAUACCUUACAAUAUCACCGUUUCUAAAAUGAAGACUGCCACCAGAAUAAAUACUCCUUCUUCUCCUCCACUCUACGUGGACUUCUAAUAUUGCAAAAAGUAAUCUUGAUUCUCAAAUCAUUUAGUCAUUUUCAAAUGUAUUGUAAUUUUUGGAAGUGGUUUUUCAAAAAAAAAAAAGUUUAGUUUAUCUUGGUUGAGAAAAUACUAAUAUGAUCCUAAAUCUUCUUUUUAAAUGUGUAAGUAUUGUGCAACACCAAUGAUAAUUCUUAGACCAGCAGAAAUAAUUUUGUGAUUGCUUUUUUUUGUAUAUUAAAGCUGGGAUUUGUAAGAAAUGUGAUUGUAUUUGUGUUUUGUUCUUUUUUGUAUAAUGCAUAGCACACAACCGCUAAAUCAUUUCAGAUGACAGGAUUUUUUGACACGCAGAUUUAGAUACUAUACCUUCUGGUUAUUUUGCAAUACACUCUAGAUAAUUUACUUUUCACAGUAGAAUUAAUUAGGUGUGUCAAUGUAUUUUGGAAUUUAAAACAUUAAACUCAUCUCCUGCAUAUUUGCAACAAAUGUUAAGUCCUUUAAAGCCAUGAUAAACAGAUUAUGUCUAUAGAAAGUUCCAAUGUGACUCCAUCGUCUGGAAGCGGGUAAUAUUAAAUGUUUCCAGUAUCAAACGCGACAGAAUCGAUACCAUGUUGUGUAAAGUUUCUAUAAUUAGCCCCUGCCAACGCGGGUGAAUGUUAUGAAGGUAGUUUUAAGGGCAAAUUGUAAAACUUCAAGGCAAAGCAAUGUUGGUUCAGUCUUUCGUGCCACGGGUCCCAGGUUAUCUAAAAGUUGUGAGCUUUUCAGUUUCCCCUUGGUCUGGAUAUUCUACCCAGCAAUCACACUACUUCUUUAUUUCAUAGGAAAAUGUAUUUACAGAAGUGCUAAAACAAGUUUGGAUAUGUUACAUUUGAAAUAGUCCGACUCACUUUAGGAUAGUAUAUAAAACAAUAAGUACGCCUAUGUGCUUAUAACCCACACUAACAGACUACCAAAAGACUACACAGCAAAAAAGAAAAUAUUGACUUGUGUUUAUUUGUGUGUCUUUUAAAUUUUGUCUGUCAAAUAAUAAUAAUAAUAAUAAUAAUAAUAAUAAUAAUAAUAAUAAUAAUAAUUGCACACACAACUGCACACAUAACUCAACAUCUAUCAAGCAGCUUUUUGUUGGGGUGGUUUUCAAUAAAAGACCAGCACAAUAGCAUUUUACACUAAUGAAACCUAAUGAAGUAUACAAAUUCAAACUAAAUGUUAAACUGUAAUAUGACUAAUUUUUAUUUUUUUGGGGGGUGGGGGGGGGAUAGUCUAUUUGGUUCCCAAUAUAGUAUAUUAAAAAGAAUCUCCAGUAAUCUAAUUUUAAACUGUUUCAAUCCUUUAUGAAUUACUGUACAGUGUGAGCCAUACAGCCAAAGCUACAUAGUCCCAGAUCUAUAUAAACAAGUAGUUGGAAUCUUAAAGGAAUGCACUGCAAUUUUAGAAGGCUAUAAAAAGAGAAAUGGUUGGGGACGUAGACGAGGAUCUAAGUUCAGUUUCCAUAUUUUUGUUAAAAAACAAGAGGGCUUUCUUUUCAGAGGAAAACCAUUUGACACUAGACUGACAUGGAAAGUUGUGGGUUUUUGAUCAGGUUUAAAAAGUGGGAACAGUGUAGGUUUGCUUUGCUUUGAGAGGACACCUUGUGAAUUAAAGGCGCAGUUCGACAGUCAGACAGAGCCAGAGUCUAUGUGCAGUUUAACUGGAAACAGAUGGCUCUUUGAGGUUUACCCUGGACAGGCAAAACCACAGCACCUUCCACUGCACUUGGAUCAGCACCAUACAGGUGCACUCUGCAACCAAAUGCACAUUUUUGCAUUGCACUACACUUAAUGACUCUCUCAGUUUAAAACAAAGUCCAUCCAGUAAUAAAAGGUACUACUAUUUCUUACAGGGAAAAUCUUUACUCUGGAUUUGAAUAAGUAUUCGAUAUAUGUCUACUGCAGUAAAACGCAACUUUUUUUUAAUUUUACAGAUUUUUCUGCAAUUCAAUAUGUUGCAGAUAAUAAUUGUUUUAAGGGCUUUUAAACUUCGGAAAUUACUUUAAAGUAGCCAGUUUAUUGUUUUGCUAGUAUUUAUCUUUUUUUUUUUUUCAUACUAGGGCAGAGAACAUUUGAGUUGAAUUUCAAGUGCCAUUAUAAUGAAAUUAAUUUGUUUUACAUACCUAACUAGAAAUUAACAUUGUUCUGGUCAAAACCAACAUUUAAAUUGGUAUUUUAUAUUUAUUAGUAGUAGCAAAGUGUUUCAUUAUUCAGAAGGCCUAUAACAUAACAUUAUAUAUAUAUACCAAACAGGGCACUCCGUAAAAGGCCAUGGGUUACCUAUUUGUAAUAUAAUGUAAUUAUUACGUGAUAGUCUUAUAACUUGUGGUGUAAAUGAAGAAAUAAUGCACAACCAAAACGAGAAAAAUAAAACAAGGAAACGCGACUGAUGAUUUUGAUAUGAAUGAGAAAUGAUCCCAUCCCUCAGAAUGUCACUACAAGGGCUCGUGCUGUUCGGAUAACUAAGCAAUAAAACGCUCGCGCUUCUUUAAUGCUUCGUUCCUUUUUAUUUUGGAAAGGUUCUUCAGAUUGCAGAAUUUGAAAAAAAAAAAAAAAAAAAAUACUUAGGUCUAUGCAUUCGAAAACUUGGAGUGAAAGCAACACGAGAUAGAGUUGUAUUUUAAUUAAUUUUAGCAUGCGUGAAAAACUAACUAACACAACCUAUGUUACAGCACAGAAUGUUAUUAAAAUAAAAGCCUCACAGCAUUGAAAUAACAGUAACUGUUGCAGGUUACAUGUACUCCUAGAAAAAAAACUGGCCUUUUGUGUUGUUUAUCGGUUACUUGUUUUAAAUUAACAGCACCGCGGUAUCUGUGGUAUAAAUAUCUGAGUAUAUAAUAAUUGCAAACUCAAUUAUGUUGGAAGUAGUUCGCGAUUUUUGUCAUGAAUGCAGUGAUUACAAGUUCAAAAACAGCAAGUGAGACCAACAAUAAGUAUAAUAAGAAUGAGAGUAAUAAGAAUAAGCGCGAGAAUGGCCCAUUGUAGCUAAGGAAACAACUAACCCAUUGCUAAAUCUCGAAACCGGUUUAGUCAAAGCAGGACACAAAUAAACAUUCAAACAUAUGAACUAUACAUUCAUAAUAAUUUCACAAGACGUGCUUUGAGGUACCGACCCAUAGCGUAUUCUGGAACAUGUUAAAUGUCUUUGGUUUAGGCUAUUUAGGGGUGUGGGGCUGACAAACUACAACAUAUAAACGCAUCCUACCCAGACAUGGAUUCAUCAUCGCUUGACUUCAGGCCAUUUUGGGGCUCAUGGCUUGUCAGUACAAGACUGGUGAGAACAGCAAAGCACCAGCAGCAACACAAUUUUAAUCUCCUCAGCUGCUGUGUCUUCAUGUUUGCGGCUUUGAAUUAAGGGGUUAUUGAUGAGGAUUUUGUUUACUCGGGAAAACAAGUAUACAAAGCCGCUGGUAGUGUAGGAGGUUAAUAAAAAACAAAACAAAAACAAA